ACGACUUGAAAUGGUAAAUCGAUGACUAGUGUGUGUUGUUUACAAAAAGAAAGAAUUACACAAAAGGAUAAGAUUAAUUGCGAGUUUCAAUUUAAAAAUGAAUCUUAGAAGUUUCGAAAAUCGAGUUUAGUUGUUUAGUUGCAAACAUAAUACGAUGAAGCGAAGGAAUGUGCUACCAGUGUUGGUAGCGUCAUUGCUGUUAAUUUUAAGGAACGGCAUUCAAGCAAGCGAUAUCACAUCACAAGUAUUCGGAAGCUCGUCGGAUGGCAUCAUUGGUGCUUUUGGUGACUUUAAUUCCGAUGAACUGACCGACGUUUUUGUGAUAAAAGAGAAUGGUCACGUACUGGAAGUGCUACUGGGCUCGGACGUUGAACCAUUGCUGCGAAAUUCGGGGGACUUGAAAUGCAAAUUUGAAAAAUUGCAAAUAACCAGCGUUGUACCAGGCGAUUUUGACGGUGACGCAUUCAUGGACUUGCUGAUAACAACGAAAACAGACAAACCUGACAUUCUGGACAUUCACAUCAAUUGGGGUGGAUCGGAGUAUUUGAAUUGUACCGACGAAAAAGAACCGCUCAUACAGAUGAUUGGCGAGCCAGUAGCGUUGGAUUAUAACAGAGAUAUGAUUAUUGACCUGUUCGGAAUGGCUGUCGACUCAAGUCGAACAUUUUGGGUGUUUGAAAACGAUAGAAAAGCGCCGAGAGUCCAUGUAAUGGAACCGGUUGGAGACAAAACCAAAUUGAUUGUACCGCACUCGCAUGCUUAUUUGGAUCUAAAUAAUGACUUUUUGGCCGAUCUGUUCGUGACAACCGUAGACCAUUUCGAGGUUUGGCAUGGAUCCAAAAAGGAAGGCUUUGAGUUCAGCCAUAAGAUUCACUUACCGGAUGGUAACUACAAUCAGCACGUCGGUCAGACGUUGUUUUUGGACAUUGAACUGAAGGGAGAGAUGAACUAUCUGCUGCCGAUUUGUUUCGAUAAGAAAUGCACAAACUCGUCGAUUCUGGUUAACCAUGGCCAGGGUUUCGAGAAUUUGAAUGUAAAUUUCAAGGAUGACGAAAAUCAACAGUGGGGUUUCGUUGUGCCCGACAAAGAUCAGCCGUAUUUGAAUACGAUAACCAUGCGCGCUGGCGAUUUUAACAUGGACGGUUUUCCCGAUCUGCUGGUAACACUAGCGAAACAGAAUGGACAACCGCAAACGUUCCUACUGGAAAACGUUCCGUGCAAAUCUAAUUGUCUCCACAUGGGACGAACAUUUGAAGUGCUGUGGAAGGCUUUGAUGCCGUUCAGCAAUGGGACCAUAACUGGAGCAUUUUAUGACUUUUACCAGGACGGCAUUUUGGAUGUUCUGUUUGUGGAAAAAUCCGGUGAACGAUACAGACAGGUCGCGUUUCGGAACACAUUAGAUUACGAUGCGAAUUUCGUUAAAGUGAUCGUACUGACUGGUUUGACGAAUUGGAGAGAUCCGGAUAAGAGGACACCAUUGGGAAGGAAGAAGCGAACCUACGGUACUAACCUUCCUGGUCCUCGUAUCGCCUACUACACAACAACGCAAGACGGUGAAAUCCAACACGGUUCAUCCGUUCAGAUUCCCCAAUCCGCCUACUUUUCACUUCAAUUGCCUUACACGAUCUUCGGUCUCGGCCGAACGCCGAAUUUCGUCGAUUCACUGACCGUCGGACUGGCGAAUCGAUCGCGAACGUGGACACAAUUGAUACCGAAUUCGCAAAUGAUUGUCGUGCCGUCACCACCACAAGACCCGCAAAAGUGGAAAGUCCAAUUGUUCGUGACGCCCAGUAAAUUGAUCGUUAUGAGCGUGAUAACGUUGGGCGUGACUUGCGUAAUCAUAAUGUUGAUCAUUUUGGGACUGUACAUCAAAGAGAAACGUGAAGAUAAAAUCGAACGAUUGCAAGAGGCGCAUCGGUUCCAUUUCGAUGCCAUGUGAACUGUGAAUGAGUUUUUAUGUUUUUGUUUAUAAUUUAUUGAAUUCCUUAUACCGGCGGACUGGGUAAAAGUCCGUCAAAUGUGAUCCGAAAAUUAAUUAAAAUUAAAAGAAAAAAAAAUCACAAAAA